CAUUGUUCUUCCUUCGCACGCGGCACGCAUCAGCAGCAGAAUCAUAAUCCUUUCUCUCUCGCUGGCUAAACCUCAUCAACUUUCCCGGGAAAGUGAAAAGGAAAAUUCACAAGGAAAAUCAGAAUUCGAAAUUAGGGUUUCGUUUCAGUUCGUUCCCUUGCGCAGUUCGAAAUGUCUCAGACGGGGAAAUUAAUGCCCAAUCUCGAUCAACAUAGCACCAAAAUGCUCAAUCUCACCGUUCUCCAGCGAAUCGAUCCCUUCAUCGAAGAGAUUCUGAUCACCGCUGCGCAUGUCACUUUCUACGAGUUCAAUAUCGAGAGCAAUCAAUGGAGUCGCAAGGACGUUGAAGGAUCUCUGUUUGUCGUCAAGAGGAAUACACAACCGCGGUUUCAGUUCAUUGUCAUGAAUCGGCGUAACACAGAUAACCUGGUGGAGAAUCUAUUGGGAGAUUUUGAAUAUGAAGUUCAAGUUCCUUACCUUCUAUAUCGAAAUGCAGCCCAAGAAGUUAAUGGCAUUUGGUUUUACAAUCCACGUGAAUGUGAGGAAGUUGCAAAUCUCUUUACGAGGAUACUUAGUGCAUACGCGAAGGUUCCUUCAAAGCCAAAAGUAUCUUCAAGCAAAAGUGAGUUUGAGGAGCUUGAAGCAGUCCCAACCAUGUCAGUCAUGGAAGGGCCACUGGAGCCGCCAUCAACUGCUUUUACUCCCACCGAUGCCCCUGAAGAUCACCCUGCGUUUGUUAAUUUUUUCAGUGCAGCAAUGAAUAUCGGAGGUGCACCUUUGAACGCAGCAAAUUCAAGGCAAACCUAUCAUACUUCUGCACCCGUCCCUUCAUCUUCCUUUGCACCCAGUGUUGUACCAUCUCCUGCACAAACUCCACAAGCUCCAGCGCUUCCUCUUUCGACUUCAUCAACACCAAUACCCCUGCAUGGUACUUCUGAUCCAAACAACAGCAACAGCGGCGUUCGUGUAGCUACUACUAAUCUUGUGAAGCCCUCGUCUUUCUUUGCACCGCCUUCCUCAGCUUCAUUGAUGAUACCGCCUAUUUCUUCAUCCCUGCCGACCGUUACUGGUCUGCAAGCUCCCCCAAGUCUGCAACGUCCGUAUGGUACUCCAUUGCUUCAGCCCUUUCCACCACCCGCUCCACCACCAUCUCUAACUCCUAAUUCAUCACCUACUCCAGUCAACAAUGGACCUCUUAUUACUCGAGACAAAGUUCGGGAUGCGCUCCUUCUGCUUGUUCAGGAUGAUCAAUUCAUUGAUAUGUUCUAUCAAGUCUUAACGAAGGCGCAUCAAUCAUGAGUCUUGAGAAAGGAUAGGUGGGUUUCAAAUCUGAAGAUUGUUAUUUGAGUAGAAAAAGUGGUGUAAAAGUAGUUGUCUGUGUUGCUCUGUUAGCUUUUAUACUCAGACAUAAUGACGUUGAAACAUCGGGAACUUUAAUAGCAUUAAGGCUUCUCUCAAUUUCCUUGAAAGGGUGGAAGAUGGUGUUCAAUUGGUUUAUGGAUUUUAUCUUGAUAUCAGAAUCCCCCUUCAAUAACGUUUGUAACAGUAUUUUUUUUCCCUUCUCUCUCUCCAAAGAAUCAGGUGUAAGAUAGUCUUUUGAUUGUUUUGGGGUCUAUUUCUUGUGUCCAUAUUUGUUUUCAAGAUAUUUGGGAUUAGUCUUUUUGACUAGUGGAAGCUUAAC